AUGACAACACCACCAAGACAAAGUACUCUAAGACUAUUACGGUGUAGAUGUUGGCAUCCAUUAUUACCAGCAUUUUCAGCACGACUAAUAAUUGCUAUCCGUACUCUUCUAGGAAUUGCUUGUGUUGCUGCAUUUACUCUUUUACCAGUGACAUCUAAUUCAAUACAAGGUCAACUUCUACUUGGUGUUAGUUUUAUAGUUGCAAUAAAAAGUACAGUUGGUGCAACAAUUCAAACAGCUAUUCGUUUAUUUCUUGCUGGUGCUAUUUCCGCUACGUAUUGUCUUUUCAUUGUUAAUUUUUGUCCACGCAACGUUUAUUAUGGUGUUGGAGCAACUAAUAUUCUUGUUCUUCUUAUUGUUUAUACGGAUUUACCAAUAACUGUUCGUCGUUUUUCAAUAGUACCCACAUGUAUUAUACUUCUACAAUGGUUUGGUAAACCACAUAUCAAUAGUUUUUUUGUACUUCAAAUUUGGACAUCAUUAGCAAUUGGUGGUCUAUUAGCUGUUAUUGUCACAUGUAUUCCAUUACCAGCUAUACCAACUGCUUAUCGUGAAUUAACAAUGCGGAUGAGAUUUAUUGCUCGACAAAUACAACGUGAAAUAACAGCUAUUGUUUUACUUAUAUCUGAAUAUCAUAAUAUACAUUUAAAGGAUGAAUAUGAUUAUCAAACAAAUCAAAACAAACAAAAAAUGAAUACUUCUGAUGAUAAUGAUAUUGGUAUUGAAAUGCCAGCAAAUUCUUAUCGUGAAGAUGAUAUUUGUCAUUUUUCAACAUCAUUCGAAGAUUUGAAAGAUGAUCAUUUACUUAAAAGUGAUAUACAAGAUUUACAUUCAUUAGUUAAUGAUGAAUUAACACAAAUGCAACGUGCUUUAACGGAAAUUUCAUAUGAACCAUAUUUUAUAUUAUUAAAAUUACUAAAUCUAAUACGAAGAUUCUUACGACACAUUCCAUUUAUUAAAAAAUUCAUCAAAACAAAAUCAACAUUACAAACACGCUUAUCAAUAUGGGCAACAAGUUUUGCUUCUAUACAACGAACAAUUACUGGAUUAUUAACACUAGAUCAUCAUCACCGUGCAUUUGUUGGUCAACGACAAUUAAUUAAUGAAAUAUGUCUUCUUCUUGAUUCAACGUUUAAUUUUUUGGAUUCGUCACUUUCAUAUACAACAUCAUCAACUAGUUAUUUUAAUACAGCACAAUUAAUUGCUUGUCGAACAAAAGUUGAAGAAGCACUUGAAAGUUUUUUUGAAACAUACACACAAGUACGUGAAAAUCCACGACAUUCUACAAUAUCAAAUACGGAUGCAAUUCAUCUAAAUACAUUUCUUCUCCUUAUUUUACGUCUUGUUCAUGCAACUAUAACUGCUGCUGAAAUAAGUAAAACUCCUGGUGCUCGUCUUGAUACUAAUCCUGAUCCAACAAUAAAUGUAUCAAAAUCGAAAACAACAUUUAACUGGAAAAAACCAUUUUCUGAUCUUGCUGUUUAUAUUGGCAUAAGACCAUCAUUUGGUAAAUUAGUACGUUCAAUCAAAACAAGUUUAAGUGUACUUAUAUCGGCUAUUGUUGUUUUCUCAUUUCGUGAACGUUUACAAGCAUAUGGUUGGGUUUAUUGGGCACCGAUGACAACAGCACUUGUUUCCGAUUCAUCGGAAGGUAGUACACUUCGUCUAUCAUUUCAACGUUUAAUGGCUGUUUUACUUGGUUCAACUUACGCAUAUGUUAUUGUACUUGUCACGCAAAAUCAUCUUGCUGUUGGAAUAUGUAUUUCUUUAUUUGUUGGACUAAUGGGAUAUCUUAAAACAGAUCCAAGAAAAGAAUAUUUUGCUAGUGUCUGUGCACAAUCAGCAUCAAUAAUAACGUUUCUUUCUAAUCAACAAGGACAAAUGAGUGCAUCAAAUAAAGCUGUUUUAGCUCGAACAAGUUUAACAUUUCUCGGAAUAUUUAUUCAUGUUUUCAUUUCUAAUAUUUUUCUACCAAUAACAGCUCGUGCUUUAAUUAAAAAAAAAGUAUCAAUUAUGAUUAGAAAUGUAUCGGCAGCAUUAAAAUCGUCAAGUAAUAAAUUUUGUACAUUUAUAGGUCCAUCUGUAACAUAUCAACAAAAUGUAUCAUCAAAUAAAACACCAUUUGAUUUAAUGAAAACUGUAGAAGAAACCGAACGUAUUGCCGACACUUUUCCUGCUUUACUUGAAGAAGCAUUGAACGAACCAAACUUUUGGAAACGACCAUUUAUACAAGUAAAAGAUCGUUAUAAUGAUAUAGCCAAAUCUUUACGUCGAAUAAGUGCUGAUAUUCGUUUUGUUCAUCGAUGUACAACCAUACUUGAAGCUGAAUCAAAAUUACAUUUUGCUCAAGAAUCAAAAUGGCUAGUACGUCGAGAGAGUACUGUUCAUAUGAAUAAUGGUAUUGAAUCGAAGCCAUCUCAUUCUUGGACAGUGACAGAUUUACGUAAACAACAACAAUUACAUAAUGAUCUUGAUAUACCUUUAACAAUUUUUAUGACUUAUUCUCCACAUUCAACACCAAGAUUUGAACAGAAAACUCUUAUAUCAAAAAAUUCAUCAGCAUCACUUCGUUUAGCACAUACAACAUUAUAUCAACCUAUACUUGAACAUAUACGUACACUUGAAAGUCAUAUUCAAAAGGUUUUAUCUUUAUCAGAACAAUUAAUUGAAAAACAAGCAGUUGUUGAUGUUGGCUCAUUUGAAUUACAACAAUUAUGUCGUGAAGAUUCAUAUGAUGAACAACAAAUAAAACUUUUAAAAACUCAAAGAACAUUAAAUCGUGGUCCAUCUUUUUAUGCUGUACCACCAUUUGAAGCAUUACCAAUAGUUACACACCAUUAUAAAUUUUUUUCUUGUUGUACUCAUUCACAAGAAGAUCAUGAACAAUUUCCAUCAUUACGUAAUGCUGUUGAUUUAAUGUUUGCAUCAUUAAUACAAUUUCUUUAUGGUAAUAAUCGCUUUAUUCGUACAGAAUUUGUAUCAAAUCAAUCUAUUGGUGAUGUUUUAGCAUUUCAUACAUUGUCAUAUGCAUUAAAAGAUAUGGUUGAAGCAACAACAGAUCUAGCAAAAAAUGCUCGACGUAUUAAACAUAUUGAUACACGAACAUUAACACGAGAAGAACGCGAAGAAAAAAUUGCUUAA